AUGUUCACCAUCCUCCCAAUAUUCUUAUGUUUUCUCCCGUUCUCCACACAAGACAACGCGACUGCCAACAAGUUAUCGAAACUCGUUGAAAGCGCCUUGACGCAACCAUCAGACGCGAAUUGUCGCAAAAUUUUUGCUCCAGUUUUUGUGAUGCGCGAAAUUGGCGUGAGCGUGGAGAUGUUCGAUUUGUCCAAUUUUAUCAAAGACCGCAAACCAUUUGAGAAUCGUUGGUCUGGUGAAAAAAUCGAAGAGAUCAAGGUUCAAGGUUUCAAAAGAUCGGAAGAUCGAAUUAUGGUGAUCUAUGAGGUUGGACAGGGUGUCGAAAAGAGAAAUCGAACAUUUUGGUCGCAGAAUGAUAAGGUCUACUAUGUUGAAAAAUAA